AUGCACACUGGAGGUCCGUUUACUGGCUCUGGGAAGCAUUUCAAUCCCUCAACCGAUAUAACCCAGCUAUAUUCACAGCAGCACUCUGGUUCACUCGAAGGAUCACCUCUGUUCUCCACCGCUUCGAGCCAGAACUCUUUGCUCUUCGACGACGCGACAUAUUCGUAUGGAACCAUGUUCUCGCCACCUCCUGUGUCGCUUGUGCCUAUCAAUUAUGGCGUCGGAGUUGCGCCCCCUCCGACCUCCGUCGGUCUCGGCCCUGUCAUUGGGGGACAUCAGCCAACCGACUUAUCCUUUGCCCGUCUCUUCGACUCCUCCCAAGCGCUAGAGCACCCCAGCUAUGCAAACAUGGGAUCCCCGCCUAUGGGCGUAGACGCUCUCGGGUUUGCGACACAACUUCACGGCGUCCCCCCAUUCGGGCUGACUCCCGGAUAUUCCACCCAGCUCGACAAACUUGUCUUCCAAGGGAAUAAUAAUCCUACUCCCAGUCAUGCCAUCGAUGAUCCCAGGGUGUACCGCGCUGAUGUGGAUGUUUAUGCAUUGCCUAUUCCCCGCGGCGAUGGCCACAUCCAACCGUCUAAUCCAUUCGAGACUGGCCCCCAUCUCGAUAUUCUGCUCGAUGCAAGCGAAAAAGAGACGAUGGAUAGCACGACCACGACGCCGGAUCCUGGUACCUCUCCAGCAGACCCUGUUGACGACAACGAGGGUAUCCACAUACAGUCGACGGAUAUAGGUUCCUCAUCGACCGAAACUGUCAGCGGGCAACAGAAUACUGCCGAGAGUAUCGAAGGACUUCCGUUGCAAAAGAUCGAUCCAUACCUCCAAAGGAAGCCUCUCCCAUCGAGCGAAACUGGUGUGGGAUCUCGGAAUGGGACAGAGAGUUGGACAUUUAAUCCCAACUCGUCCUCAACGCACGCAAAGGCGUCAUAUACGCGUUCAAUCUGGUCUCCAGUCUACCUCCGCCUCACAGAAGCGUGGAAGAAGGUAUACAACGGAGUCGGAUCUUCCGCUAAUGAGGCAAGUCCUGCGACCCCUCUGGAUGGAUGUGAUGAAUGA